AUGUCAAAACAUUCAAUCCAAUCCAAUUCAGAAUCAACUUCCAUCAAAAUAGACAAUGCAAGAGUCAAACUAUUAACACUCUUAAAUGUAACAGCAGCAAAACCAACGAAAAGUUUAUCUAAAUCUCAAACACCUAUUCAAAGAGAUUGGAAUUCGAUUGCUCGUUCAUCUAUUUCAAAAUCAAUCACUCAUCAAACCCAUUCAAUCAAUCAAAUCUCAUUAGAAUCUACAUCAACUGGAAUUCUUGAAAGUUCAAAUCAAGAAACCUUGGUAGAAGAUUUCUAUUCGAAUCAUUUUGGAGCUGAAACAAGUUUAUUAAAUUCAACAAGAAUCGAGUUAUCAAAAGAUUGGAAGAAUUGGAAACUGACUUCGAAUUCAAAACUUGAUGAAAAACGUAUCAUUCGAUAUUCAAUCAAUUCUCCUAUACCUCAUCAACUUGAUUCUUCAUCAAAACCUAUUCCCAAAAUUGUUAAGACUCGAAAUCAAUGGAUCGAAAAUCUUACAAGUCAUCAAACUCAAGUGUUUGAAAGUUUAAAAACAUAUCAAGAUCUUUGGUUUACAAACCUACCUUAUAAUCAAUCUAGAGUUGAUUUCCGUAUUUCGAUUGCUUUAUGGACUUUAGAACAUGUUAAAGAAACCAGACGUCAAGUUUUAAAAAACGAUAAACAUUUGGCUCGUAUCGCUCAACAAAACAUCACUCCUGUCUCUACAGUACAAGACCCUAAUGAUUCCACAACUCAAACCAAACCUACUCCCGAGAUGAUCGAACCUGAUUUAAGAGACCAAGGAUUCACACGACCGAAAGUGUUGAUCUUAUUACCAUUCAGAUCAUCAGCAUACGAUUGGGUAACCAAACUGAUCAAAUACACAACAAGUCCAAACCCAUCCAAAGAAUCGAUUCCAAAAGGAUUCGAUCGAUUCGAAAAAGAAUAUACUUUACCUAAAGGAACAGAAGAUAAAUUAGAAACAGAUGAAGCUAGAGAGAAAUAUACAUUAGAACAUCGAAUGAUCUUUGCUGGAAAUGUAGAUGAUGAUUUCAAAUUAGGCAUCCAAUUGACUUCUAAUCCAACUCAACUUAAACUGUAUUCUAAUUUUUUUCAAUCGGAUUGGAUUAUUGGAAGUCCAGUUGGAUUAAGAAAAUUGAUUGAAAAAGAAGGGGAUGCUGAUUUUCUUUCUUCUAUCGAGAUGGUCAUUGCUGAUCAAAUGGAUGUGAUGCUGAUGCAAAAUUGGGAUCAUGUAGAGUUUCUUUUUGAUCAUCUAAAUCAAAUCCCAAGUAAACCUAGGGAUACCGAUUUCUCAAGAGUCAAACCAUGGUAUCUAGACGAUCAUGCAAAACAUCUAAGACAAACUAUCUUACUCUCAUCUUUAAGUUCACCCGAACAAACUUCAUUAUUUAGAAGACUUACGAAUCAAUCGGGUAAAUCGAUUGAAUUCUAUCAAGCUAAUUUGAUUCGAUCUGGAAUUCUAUGGAAACUCAAACCUGGCUUACAACAAACUUGGUUAAAGUUUAAGUUUGAUGAAGAUCUACAAGAAGAAGAAGAGAUGAGGUUAAAGGUCUUUAAGGAAAAACUUUUGAUACCACUCUUGGCUUCUGCUAUGGUGAAAUCAGGUUUGGGUGGGAUUAUGAUCUUUGUGACGGAUUAUUUUGAGUUUGUUAAACUUGAAGAAUAUAUGAGAACAUUGGAUGAGAUCAAAUUUGUGUCAAUUUCAGAAUACUCAACUCCAUCUGAAAUCAAUGCAGCUCGAUCUGCUUUUUUCAAUCAACACGUUUCAUUUCUAAUAGUCACCGAAAGGUUUCAUUUCUAUCAUCGAUACAAACUAAGAGGAGCUAAAGAGAUUCUCUUUUAUUCACCACCGAUCCAUUCGGAUUAUUAUUUAGAGUUUUGUAAUGAAUAUCCAUUUGAGAAAGGUAGAGUGGAUGUAGAAGAAGUUAAAGUUAAAGUUUUGUUUUCUGAUUUGGAUUCUAAUCGGAUUGAAAGGAUCGUUGGGUUAGAUGGGUGUAGGAAAAUGGUGAAGGGUGAUGGAAUGAAAUUUACUUUUGUUUGACAUGG